AUGUCGAUUAAUUUAUUCAUCUGUGGGAUACAUGCACCGUUGAAUACAUACGCCAGUUUUAUCGGCACACGGUUACCGUUUUCCGUGUCAUCAUGUGCCGGUAUUCAUUUCAGCUUUCUGACCACCAUGUUCAGCGGCCAAUGGACUGCCGCGUUUUUAGCUGCUAACCGCUUCGUAGCCACCAUCUUCCCGCAUCAUUACGCGAAAUACUCCAAAAACCGCGUAGCAGUUGGCUGUAUUUCAUAUUCAUGGAUCGUCAGCGCCGUUAUUAAUGUACCUCCAUUAUUUAACAUCGGCGGUCUGUACCGUGCCAUUCCGCCGUGGUUCGGAUGCGGGCUGCAACCGGAUGGGGCGUCGAUUGUGUCCACACUGUCCGCUGUGAUUGGUGUGUACAUUCCGCUGGUAGUUGUCUGUGGAUGUUACGUGGGAAUCUUUAUCCGUUCGGUUGGGAUCAAGUGCCGCAACCGGGUGAAUGUGGAAAGCGCAAAAGUUGCGGUGAAGACGAAGAGUGAUAGCAGUCAACGGCGAUCCGCGGUAACCAAGAUGCUGUUUGCCUGUGCGGUGUGGUACUGUGUUUGCUACUUUCCGCAUUCGAUUCUGAUUACGUCGUUCUUCAACGUGUACCAGCGGAACCCGACGACACAGCUGUGGAUCAGAAGUUUAUCAUGGUGUGGAUAUGUCGGCAAUCCGUUUAUUUUCUUUGCAAUGUCGGAAGAAUAUCGCCACGGCGCCAGAACACUUUGGGGACUUUUAUUCCUUAUGAGGCCAGCUCGCACUCUAAAUAAUGACGAACUAAAAGGCACAAGCCAUAUGAAUACUCUGACCUUGCCCGCAACUAAACCUUCGUUUCCGUGA